GUGAGCGGCUCCGUUGUAAGUUUGACAGCAGGUCCGUUUGUACCUCUUUGCUUUCUUUAUUCCACCCUGUCUCGCGCUUUCUUUCUAUAUUUAAUACGCCUAAUAGCCUGCCGUAUGUGUGUAUUUAUUUAUUUAUUUAUGCAUCUUACUUGAAAGUGUUUAGGUUUUACAUUUUUAGUCGUUCCUCAAAUGAGAAGACGUAAAAGAUGGAGCUUCACAUUUUAGAGCACAGCUUGAAAGUGGCGAGUAUAGCAAAAGAGGGGAUCCAGAUUUGCACUCACGGAUUAAUAAAACUCGCUUUCUUGGCCUCCAAAACAAGAUGCAAGUUUUUCAGUUUGACAGAGACUCCAGAGGACUACACCAUAAUUGUCGAUGAGGAAGGCUUUAAAGAGCUGCCCCAGUCAGAGCACAUCAGUGUUGCUGAUGCCACAUGGUUGGCCCUUAACGUGGUGUCGGGGGGCGGCAACGCCUCCAAUUCGCAGCCCAUCGGAGUCACCAAAAUCGCUAAAUCAGUCAUUGCACCGCUGGCCGACCACAACAUCUCUGUUUUCAUGCUGUCGACGUAUCAGACGGACUUCAUUCUGGUUCGAGAGCGAGACCUGCCGAUGGUCAUGCACACGCUGUCUUCCGAAUUCACUUUGCUUCGGGUGGUCAACGGAGAGACUGUUGCUGCUCACAAUCUGGGAGUCACCAAUGGCUUUGUAAAGCCAAAACUUGUGCCCCGUCCCAUCAUUCACCCCUUAUCUAGUCCCAGCAACAUGUUCUGUGUGACCAGCCUGGACCCAGACACACUGCCCUCGGUAGCCACCCUGCUCAUGGAUGUCAUGUUUUACUCUGGAGGGCCAAAGGAGCCUGGAGCAUCCAGCGAGGACUCCAGCCACAUCCGCUUCUUCUCCUUCUCCCUGAUCGAGGGCUACAUCUCUCUGGUCAUGGACGAACAGACAACUCAAAGGUUUCCAAACAAUGUCCUCUUCACCAGUGCUUCUGGUGAGCUUUGGAAAAUGGUUCGCAUUGGGGGACAACCUUUAGGAUUUGAUGAGUGCGGCAUCGUGGCUCAAAUAUCAGAACCCCUGGCAACGGCUGACAUUCCAGCUUACUACAUUAGUACCUUCAAGUUUGACCACGCCCUGGUUCCCGAAGAAAACAUCCAAAGUGUGAUCGGAGCUCUGCGGACCAAGAGCACGGCACAGUGAAGGAAGCCGGAGGAAAACGAUGAAAGCGACCGUUUUCAAAGUCAUUUCGUUCAAACGUUUAUCAUGUCCAAAAAGUGCCAAGAGCUUAUUAGCGGACAACUGUGGAUCGCCUCUGAAAGGAAGGGAUCCAACCACAAAGUGUGGGCGGCGUACGGGGGAAGUGUGACAGUGUGUUAGGGAUGCCUUUGUUACUCGGGUCAUUUUCUUUACCCCCACCCCUCCCUCCUUCCUUCCUUGGCACUCGAGGCCCUCCGCUGCCUGCUCUGGUAGUUGUUGCUUUAGUUUACCAGAAUGAAUAUGUUUCUUUUCUUCUCUAAAGCUGCUUCUUCCCACUCCCUGGCCCUCAUGAGCACCAUACUGUAUUAGUUACAUAAUUCCUCUCAUGGAAGGAUGACGAAUGUACUCUCAAAAACGAAAGAAAUAUAUAUACAGUAUAUCAAGUUCUCCAUAUAUAGAUUUUUUUUUUUGUUUGUUUGUUUGUUUUGUUUUCCACAGGUCAUUUCUCAGUGCCAAGAUGUUUGAAUGCCUAAACCAAUGCCUUUGUCAAAAUACUAUUCAUGUGUGCAAUUGAAGGAGACAAUUUUUGAGACAGCCAGCGAUGACAGAGCGCCUGGUUGAGUAAUAUGGUGUGUUUUUUGCUUUUAGUGGCUGUUGAACAUGUUUUAAUUGCAGCAAUGAUCUGACUGUUGGGAGUCCCUCAGACUUAGAAGUUAAAUUCAGAUGUUUGUUUCUGGUGAAACGUGAAUUGAAUCCAAGAUCUUGAUGAGCAAAGACUCUUUUAGUGUAAGUAAUAUGCAUUCACACUGUGAGCAACAUGGUCGAUGGGUCACUCAGAAUUAGCAGAUUUUAUCUAUGUAGUGCAAAGUUUUAAACAAACAUAUUUUUUUAGUGAUUCUUUGGCUGGCAAGCUUAAUUUAUGUGGCAUUAAUCAAUUACUUCAGAGUUGCGCUUGAGGGUCAGAUUAGUUAAUAGAUUAUUUGAUUUAGAGAAAGUAAAUUAAUGACAAUUUUGAUAUUUGAUUAAUAAUUUCAAUCAUUUUUCAAGAAAAAAAAACAUUUUCACGAUAUGGCUUCUUAAAUGUUUUCUCAGUUUUAUACUGUAAGUUGAAUACCUUUCGGCAGUCAGAGCUUUUUAAGCUAUUUUUGGACAGACAUUAAAAGUUCCCAGAGGAUGUAUCCUACUGACUUUGGUGAUCCACUGACUUUUCAUCUUUUGCCACCAGCAGGUCAAAGUUUUCACUGAAAUAUCUCUGGAUGAAUUGGCACAAAAUUUGGUACAGCAAUAUUAAAAUGAUAAUAUCAUGAAGAAAUAAAUAUAAGUUAAAUAAUAACCAUACAGUUCAUAUCAUUACAAUGCAGUCCCAUCAAUAGGUGAAAUACAAAAUGUUGUUUAUUGUAAAGGUCUAUAAUCUGUUUCUUCAUUCAGACCCGGACAUCAUAUUUGGAAGUCCAAAAGGUUUCCCUUUGCAGUAGUUUUUUCAUACAUAUAGAUCAAUUGACAAAUUAAAUAACCUUUAGUUGCAGCCCUACUUCAUCAACCCCAAUAUUAGACAAGCAAUCUUUCCACGUUGCCACUAGCUGCCACUAAUGUAAGAAUCCAGUGAGUCUGAAGAUAAGUGUAAUAUGAGUUGAGCUUGCUUAAAGGGAUAAUUUGACAUUUUGAGAAAUACGCUUAUUCACUUUCUUGCAGAGAGUUAGUUGAGAGGAUCAAUAUCACUCUCAUCUCUGUGCGUAAUGUAUGGAGCUGCAGCCAGAAGGCAGUUAGCUUAGCUUAGCAUAAAGACUGGAAACGGCUAGCCUGGCUCUGUCUAAAAUUUAAAAAAAGAAUAACGCCUACCAACUCCUCUAAACUUCACUAAUUAACAAAUUGUAUAUCAUUUGUUUAAUCCAAAAACAACAGAAAAGUAAAAAUCGGCAUUUUGUGGUUUUAUGGAGAAUUACACAAACACUUGCCGGGAAAUAAACAGUUCUCAUCAAGAAAUAGUUACACUACAUGAAAGCUUUGAUGUUAAUGGCCACAGUAAAGACUUCAGCCACAAUCCAACUCUGGUCACGUCCGAUGACUCGAUGAUCAUGUUGCUCACAGUGUGAACCUGCAGUAAGACCUGAUGAUAAAAUGCAAUGAUGAAACAGUAGUAAUAAAUUACUGAGCCACUUUGACAGUGUACUAGAAUAAUGACGAAGUGCAAGUGUGCUAAACAUAAGCUAAGGUUCACACAGGGAAGCCCUGGUGUCCAUUUAGGUCUUGAAGCUGCCCCUCCCCUGCCCGGUCUGCACUUUAAUGCAGGUUCCACGCACACAGGCCUGCUGUACUGAUGUGAAAACGGGGAGGGAUAUUUACUUUAGAAAGAUCCUAUCCAGGUGGGGAUAUUUCUGUUGGUCUUAAGCAUUUGGUGAUAAUGUUUUUCUUCUUUUCUUUUCUGUUUGUUUUCCACAACACCUUGCACCUAACAACAACCUUUCUUCUGAUCAGAUGUGAUUAGGAGAAACCCUGUGUUGAUCAGUGUUAAAACAUGAAGAAGGUGAAAUUUCUUUUGAUUCCAUUGCAAAGAAAAAGUUGAAAGCUUUUCAUUUGGAGCUUCUUGUGUGGAAAAAAAUAAACAGCCUUUUUUUUUUUUUUGGA